GGGAUUCUAUCAGUAUGAAAUGAAGAGACUCGCGACUUGAACGUUUCAUUUAACUUUAAUUCGAAUGAAUAGUGAAUGUCUAUUUAAAAAAAAACCGUGUUAACGUGUUAUUUCUGUAUUAGUAUCAAUUGAGUAUUUUAACUCCCAAUUCAAAUGCAUAAUUACCACUAUUUCUUAAACGUGUAUCAUCAUCCCUUGUACGUGUGAACGAGUUUUAAAAUGCAUUCCUGACGUUCAGACAUUAGAAUUGAUUCGAUGAUUUCAAAGUGAUCAGAGUAGAAGAUAGUCAAACAAACGUCAAAGCAAAAAGAACAAGCGACAGCUAUCAAGUCUGAAUUAUCAAAGAAAUGUCAUAUGAAUGAACUGAAAUAGGGUAAAUCAGUUCAUUUUGUGCUGAAAGUCCAGUGUUUUCUUCAAUUGAAAAAGAAUGUAGGACGCGAAAUGACUAUAAGACAGAAUACUGGUAUUGAAUACGUAAGCUCUGUGUUUAGCGAAGCUGAAAAUUACAGUAAAAAAAGCAUGAUAGAGAAUGACUCAUCACUUGCGCGUAUUUUCAACCUAAGUGUUGACUGUUUUGAAGAGGUAUUUGAAUGGUUAUCACUAACUGAUUUAAAGACACUUCGUCAAACAUGUAAGCGAUUUAAAACGAUCGUUGAUUACUGCCUCAAAACGAAUUAUCCGGCACUUCGAAUUGGACAUGGAAUCGUUGAGAUUUUUGACUGGACCAAACUUCAACACAUUGACUGCAAUUGCAUUAAAGAGAUUCAUUUCUCAAAUAGAUGUGAGUAUCUCGAAGAUUUUACGGAAAUCAAAGGGAUUCUCAGCCAAGUGGAAAAUGUUACGGUUAGAAAGGACCAAAUCUGCGAUGAAUUCUAUUCAACAUUUCUAAAAUUCUGCAAGAAUUUGAAGUAUUUAUCCAUUUCGAAUAUUCAUGAUCACACUAUAAUCGGUAAUGACAAUGGUUGGCUACUGCAACGAUAUCCGAUACUUGAACACAUCAUAUUGAUAGAGGAUUACCUUGAAUUCAGACAACCAACUAUUGAGCUUAAAACGUUUUUUGAGUUGAAUCCAAAUGUUCAAACUUUUACAACGACCAUUCAAUUCCUUCGAAGAAACGGUGACUGCUUGAAGGAGAUCAACGCAAAAUUGGAUCAACUGAAUGUUUUCUGUAAUAAACCUUUCGGACAGCUUGUUAAUUCAUUAUUGAAUGACCUUAAUCAGCGUCACUUUUACAAGCGCUUACAUCUGUAUGGAUCGUACAGCACCAUCGUAACAGAUGAUCUAACUUCGGUUUGUUCGUUGGAAAAAUUAAACUAUGCCCGAAUUGAUCGUCUCACCUUGCCUCCAUUACACGACCUCAAAGAGUUCAGCAUCGGAAAAGUCGAAAAGAACGCCAAUUUGAUAAGUCUUGCCAAGAGUCUUACGAAUGUUCAGCGGAUUUACAUCGAAGAAGCCACCUUGAAAGAUAUAGCAGCAUUCAUUUGCCACACACCAAACGUGAAACACAUUAAAGUGAAUCGUUUGAACGGCGGAUUUAUUUUCAACAUUCGGAUCAUUGAGCUCGCCGAAGUGAAUGAGGGUCGAAAGAAAUUGACUGGUGCAAGUAAAAUCAUCGUUUAUGUUUCAGAUGAAUUCUUUUUGUUUAUGAAAUGGUCCGGGUUAAGAUAUAGCUUUAGUUUGAUUGAGUUUAGACGAGUAUCGAGUCAUGAAUGGAAGAAUUUUUGUUGGAAUCAUUUGGGUUAAUGGAAUUUUUUCAAAGUUGUUUGAGUACAAAAAAAAUGACACAAUAAAAUGACAUUUUCACAUUUA